CAGCUGAGGCAGGAGCUUGGUUUCUACUUAAAGCCAUUCACACCUUUUUAACCCCUUAAAAUUUAGUUAGUAAGGAUUCAGCUCCCUGGGGCUACGAGCUUUUUUCCUCUUGGGGUUGCUGUUGCUCUGUGCACAGACAAGCCCUGUAGGUGCUGCCUACAAAGUCCCAGCUCGAGGACAAUGGAGAAGAAUCCACGGUGGCAAAGGGAGGGAUGCAGGACAAGAGCUCCCUGAAGGGCACUCUAAGUGUUAGAGGCAAUUCCUGCUCUGGUAGUUUAUGCAAAAAACUUCAUUUCUCUGCUUUUGGUGCCUUGUUUGAUGGCCACGGAGGAGUAUCAGGUAAAAGCAGAGUUUUAUUGCUGUGAAGCCUUCUGUCAGGUAGAGACCCCGAGGCUCAGAUGAUCUCAGUCCCAGGCCGUGUGUGGCUACCAAGACAAGAGUGAUUUGGCACUUCUUGCAGAAGCGCAGCUUUGCAACUUGACUUAACGAAUUCGGCACGUUUUUAUUAGCGGGCACCUCAAGGAGCCGGAGCCGCACGGCCGCCCUCAGCCCGUCCCCUCACGGCCGCCGCCGCCCUCAGCCCGCCCCGCCUCACGGCCGCCAUGGCGCCCGCCCCGCCCCGCCGCCUGCCCGCCCCCGCGGCGGCAGCGCCAUGGCGGCCGUGCGGGCGGUGGAGAUCGACCCCGAGGGCACCUUCAAGUACAUCCUGGUGCGCCUGCAGCGCCCGGGCAGCGGCGAGCAGCGGGACAUCGUCCGCGGCACCAAGGCGGCCGAGUUCCACAACCAUAUAUUUGAAAAAGUAAAUCCCGAGAUGGAAAAGCUGGGAUAUGAAUGCAAGUGCCUUGGAGGAGGGAAAAUUGAACAUAAUAGCAAAGACAAGAAAAUCAGGGUAUUUGGGCUCUCAACAGGCUAUGGAAAAGCAGAUCACUCAGUCACUGUAGAGAUACUGAAGAAAGAGUACACAGAUUAUGAAAUUACAUGGUCAGAUGACAAGAAAUAAACUUGUGAGCCAAUGAGCAGUCCAACCUGGUAAAUGUGAGCUGUACUUUGUUAAAUAAAAUUGAAUGUCUGUUCUUUGUGUGUAACUAUAAA